AUGAAACUUUCUGUCCUUUCGCUGGCCUCCCUCGCCUCGGCGGCGGCGCUCAACGCCAAAGUCCUCACGGGCAAGUCGCUCACUCGUCGCGCCGAUUUCUGCGAUCAAUGGGGCCAGGUCACGACGGGCAACUUUAUCUUGUACAACAACCUCUGGGGCCAGGGCAACGCCGACAGCGGGUCGCAGUGCACGGGGCUGGAUUCGUCGAGCGGCAAUGACUCGAUUGCCUGGCACACCAGCUGGAGCUGGAGUGGCGGGGCCGGCCAGGUCAAGAGCUAUGCCAAUGCGGCAUACACUGGGUCCGACAUCAUCGCCAACGUCGCCUAUGACCUCUUCACCUCGUCGACGGCUGAUGGCGACAACGAAUACGAGAUCAUGAUCUGGCUGGCGGCGCUGGGCGGUGCAGGGCCGAUCUCGUCGACGGGAUCGCCCGUGGCGAGCCCCACGGUCGCGGGCCACAGCUGGGAUCUGUACUCGGGGAUGAACGGACAGAUGCAGGUGUACAGCUUUGUGGCCUCAUCGCAGACCGAGAGCUUCUCGGCGGACCUGCAGGAGUUCAUCAUGUACCUGCAGAGUAACCAGGGGCUGCCGACAAGCCAGUACCUGGUUGACGUGCAGGCGGGCACGGAGCCUUUUUCGGGGUCGGACGCGACCCUGACAACGUCGGCGUAUUCGGUGUCUGUGGCGUGA